UUAUCAAGUUGUUGUCAAGCACCGUAUCACUUACAUAGUUUGAUUGUCCAGCAGUAAAUGAAUUGUACGCAGUUUGGGGGUUAUGAAACAGCCUAGCCCCAAUUAUAGAAGAAAUCAUGGCAUCGGGAGAUUUAUUUCGAAGGCUGGAAGUGCUGUAUCAAACACGGUCGACCUGUUUGAAGCUACUAGGCUAGUACCCCUUGCUAUGAUACAGCUGCCUAUGUGCACCCGGUAUUCAACUGGGAAGUCCUUAGUAUGAUGCUAUAUGAUGUACGAAAUACGUGAAUUAUACGUUAACUUACGAAAUGAUCAG